GUCCCCCGCCGAAGGGAAGCCCAGAAUCCGGGCGCUGCGAGUUGGUGCGCCUUCUUCUUCUUCUUCCUUGUCGCUCGCUUUCUCCCGGGACGAUCGCGGGGACUUUGCACAUCUGGAGAAAGCGAAAGAGACGGGAAAGGAGGGAGAAGAGGGAAAGGGCCGCCGCUGGCUCCUUCUAUCCUUGGAGGAUGCGGAUGGAGUGAAAAGCAAAGCAAAGCGAAGGGAAGGAAAAGUUGCCUCCUUUGAACUCCGGAGUUGCUUCCUGACGCUUUGACAGCUCUCUGGGGAGGUAAUUAUAAGUCUGGAAGACUGCAAGUCUGAAAAAACUCCACAGUUGUUGUUUUUUCUCUCUCCCAAGAGCAUCUGCCAACACAAAGAUCUGCAAAGGAAGUCACUUUGAAAAACCCUGGUGCGGCAAGAAUGACUUCAAGUUGUAUUAUCCCUGUGUUUGCUCUGAUGGUUGGGUGUUUAACAUCUGCAGGUCCUGUGCCUACAAAUCGGUGUGUAUUGUCACCUGUCAACAGCUCACACCCUGUUCAGGCAUUGCUGGAGAGCUUUACCGUCUUAUCUGGUUGUGCAAGUAAAGGGACUGCUUUAUUGCCACAAGAAGUUCACGUCCUCAACCUGAGGAGCCCUGAAGAAGGCCUUGGUCACCAUGAAAGAGAGGUUGCCUUGCAUCUGAAUCCAAUUUCUUCCAUUCAUACCCACCAGAAGCCCCUGGUGUUCUUGCUGAACUCUCCUGUGCCCUUGGUGUGGAAGGUUAAGACUGAAAGACUAGCUCCAGGGAUUCCAAGAUUUUUCAUUGUUUCAGCAGGUUCUUUGGUUCUGUUUGAGAAGGAAAACUUCUCCUUGUCGGCAAAAACAGAGGAGAAGCCGCUCCCACAAGGAAAUAGACACCUGCUACAGUGGGCCCAAAAGGAAUAUGGUGCAGUUACAUCGUUCACUGAACUCAAAAUAUCCAGAAAUGUCUACAUCAAAGUGGGAGAAGAUCAGUUUUUUCCUACGACAUGCAUUAUAGAAAAGAACUUUAUAUCUCUGAACUACCUUGCGGGAUACCUACAGCCAAAGGCAGCUGAGGGUUGCAUCGUCUCCAGCUCGAGUCAAGACAAAGAAGUUCAUAUCAUUGAAUUGAUCACGCCCGACUCAAAUCCAUACAGUGCUUUCCAGGUGGACAUCAUCAUUGACAUUAGACCAUCUCGACCAGACACCACACUUGUCCGGGAUCUUGUACUUAUCCUCAAAUGCCGAAGGUCUGUCAAUUGGGUCAUUAAGUCACAUGACGUGAAGGGGAAACUGGAAGCUUUUGCAUCAAACAGUGUUGGCUUUGGAAAAGAACCUGAAUGUUCAAUGGUGAUGACUAAAACUAUAUUAUCGGAUAUUCCCUCCUCUCAUGAGAGUUUGAUUAUGUGGGCUUAUGACCGUGGCUACAGUCCAGUUACAUCCUACACAAAGGCACCUGUGGCUAAUCGCUUCCACCUACGACUUGAGGAUACUGAAGAAAUGAAUGAUGAAGAAGACCAUUUCCUUCCUCCUGAACUAGAGGAAUUACUACGUGGUAUUAAGCCUCAGUCGGAGCCUAUCCCAUCCUUGGAGUUUGACUUCCCUCAUGACAAAGUUGAAGGCACCUUUCCAUCAACUGAUAUGGAGGACUCAGACAUGGUCAACCAUGGUUUUGGGCAAUUUUUCCACAAAGUCAGUGAACCAGAAGAAGUCCAGGGUAGCGUUGAUGUUGCCCUUUCAGUUAGAUGUGAUGACACAUCCAUGACAGUAACUGUAGCAAAAGACUCACUGGAGGCUAGUGGCUACAUUGGAACACAACUCUCUUUGCUGGAUCCGAAAUGCAGAGCUAAGGCAAAUCAGACACAUUUUAUCUUGGAAUCAUCGUUGCACGAGUGUGGGACUCGAAGGAUAGCCUAUCCCUUGGAUAAUAUUGUGUACCUGAACUCUAUUGUUAUUCAGCUGCCUUCACCAACUGAGUCCAGUGGCUGGCCCAUUGAUUAUGAAGACAUGGAAUCUGGGGAUAAUGGUUUUCCAGGUGACACUGAUGAAACAGACAUCACAUUUUCCAGUCGUCCUGAAAUUGUUGUGUUCAAUUGCACAUUCCAUCAACCCAAAGCUCCCAAGCCUCCCAUGCAUUGGCCACCUGUAACGCGAGUCGGCAACGUGACCUUCGGCAUGGAGCUCUACAAGACAGACCUCUUCCAUACUCCAACGCAAGGCUUCUUCUCUGUUGCAGAAAAUGACCAGAUUUUUGUUGAGAUUUCUCUGACCAAGGCUGAAAGAUCCCUAAGCUUUGCAAUCCAAACUUGCUUUAUUUCUCCACAUUCAUACCCUGAUCGGAUGUCGGAAUACACCAUAAUUGAAAAUAUUUGCCCUAAAGAUGAAUCUGUAAAAUUCUACAACAUCCCAAAGACAAAUUUUCUUAUGCUGAAUGCACAAAUGGAUAAAAAACAUUUUAGUUUCAUGUUCAAACCCAUUUUCAACACUUCCCUUCUCUUUCUGCAUUGCGAAGUAACCUUGUGUACAAGAAAAGAUAAAGAUACUCGAGGCCUGGCCAAGUGCAUCCCUCCCGAUGAAGCCUGCACCUUUCUCAAUGUUGACAUGAUCCUGGCAAUGAUGCAGAAUAAGAAAAGCUUCACCAAACCCCUUGCUGUGAUAACACAUAAAGGGAAGUCCGAAGAGAAGUCUUCCUAUCCAAAGCCUCCUGAAACAUUACCACCUGUCUUCUAUGGCUUGGACACUGUGACAGUCGUCGGCAUUGCCUUUGCAGCUUUUGUGAUUGGUGCAUUGCUGACAGGAGCACUAUGGUUCAUCUAUUCCCAUACAGGAGAACCGGCAGGAAGACAGCAGGUACCCACAUCCCCGCCAGCUUCCGAAAACAGCAGCGCAGCCCACAGUAUUGGCAGCACACAAAGCACUCCCUGUUCCAGCAACAGCACGGCCUAACCCAGAAGCAGGACGGGAUGCAAGUCCCAGGAGCCACGUAGGAGCGCAGAGGUUCCCAAGGAGCUGGUUUGUUGGCAUUUGCUCUGAUGGGUUUGGCUACUUCGACAAAAUGAGGAGGAAGGGUUUCCUUGAAUGUUCACCUUUUUCCUGGAUGGCCGUGGUCCUCGAACCUCUUGCAGCACGCUAGGCUAAGACAGGACAAAGCUACUAUUGAUGUCCAGCUGUAGAUUGCAUAGAGGGGUCCAUAGGCUCUCAAUGUGAAUCGCAAGCCAGACUCACCACCACCAUCACCACCUUCUAAUGCCAUUAAUGCUGCUUUGUCUCGACAGAAUGCCUGUUUAGGUGUUCUGCAGGUGUCAAGGAGACACAAGAUGUCUGUAAAGGGAUUUCAGUUUCAUAAGCUGGGGACAAUAAAUAUUUUGUUUUCUUUCUUGUCUGCCACCCCCACACGGCAGCUCCUGGCACUUUGGUUGGGGGAUUCCAUCUCAUCAGAACAAGGAUGUUUCAAGCACAGAGUGAUUAACUGUAAGAUAGGGGAUAUAGUCAGCUGUACAUGGCCAUUUUUGCAAUUGGUUCUUUUUCUGAAGGUUGUGCUGAACUGAGCACAGUAUCCUGCCUGCUACCUUGUAGUCCUCUCCUUCAGAGAUCUCUACCCCCCAAGUUUAGCUUCCAGUAACAGGAAAGAAAUUGAAGCAGUGUAAAUAUGAAUAGCCGUGUGUUGGCUCAGAGAUUUCUAACAAUCAUGUAUUUGCCUGUUCUUUACAUCCCCAAAAGCCGAUUGGGCGCAUAAUUCAAUGUUUAAUGCUCAUCCAUUUUUUCCUAUUCCUACCCCAGUACAAGUUUUUGAUUUAGGAUAUACAUUCUAGUAUCAUUUCUAUGCCUAUAAUACAAUUCACUGUGUAGCACUUGUAAUCUGCCAGUUUCCAUGCAAGGUGUCACACAACCCACUUCAGUGUAUUUCAUGUACAGCAGGAGCGGUAGGCAGGUACAUGUCCUAAACUUCCAUCUUUUGCUACAAUGUUGGGCACAGCUUUUGACAUACCUUUCCAAUAUCUGCUUCCAAUGUCACAGUGAUUGAGGAAACUCUAUUUCUGCCAAAUCCCAUAUUGCAGGCUAUAUACAGUGAUCAUUGUGUGUGCUGUAACAUAGCAUACGAUUGGAUCUUGGUUUGUGUGGCUAGAAUGGCAACCCUAACUAUAUUUUGGAAUGCCUGAGCAGACCUUAGCAAGUGAAGAAGUGGCCAAAAAUGGUAGGGAAAAUUUAGAGGGGCAGGGAUAUUUUAAAAAGCAAAAUGGCUACCAAAAUACCUUUGGUUUUUAAUCCAAGGGUCUUAAGAUGGCUAUCUGUUGUGGGACAGACAGCUUUGUUUAAUUGAUUCUGGAAGAUCUUAAAGCAUGUUCUUUCCAGUUUGGCAUAUGAAAUGCAACACUUUUUGUAUCUGAUUUAGCUUUAUGUAUCCACAUUUUGGGGGUACCCCAUAAUACAUGCAUCAAUAUCAGCGUCUUCUCAAAUUUAGACAAUUAUUUUGGGUAUUAUCAUUUGGCAUCCACCCCUUAGAAAUUGACUUUAUUGACAGCAUUUUGUUAUCAGAAUAGUUGGGCUUGGCCUUCAUUUAUCUCUUUGACAUCUUUAUUGGGGGAGGAGGCUGCAAUAAGUGGUGGCACACGAGAGCAAACUAUUGAGAUAAUGGCUCUCCAUGAUCCACCAUGUAUUAUAAUAAAAGGAUCCCUUAAAAGCCUCUCCAUUUUUUUGUUUUGUAUCAAGUUCCUGGACAUUGCAAUUGGAUAUACCCCAAGUGCCAUUAGAAAUGCACAGAGAGAGAGAGAGCGCAAACCAGUUCUAAUUUGCAGUAUAUUUGUUAGAAAUUCCUAGCUCCUCCUAGCCUUGACAUACCAUCCAAAUAAAGCUGUAGGGAGAUUAAGUUGUCACUUUGUGAACUGAAACAUAGAUUUCUGAUUCCUUCCUCUGGAAACAACUAAAGAAGCAUUGUUGUCCCUUUGCAGACGAUCAAAUGCACAGUCUUUUUAGUCUUUGGUGGCAAUUAUUUUUCUCCUCCUGCUUCUUCCCACUGUAGCAGAAAAGAAAGCUUAAUGGUUGCAAGAAACAUUACAGUUUUGUGAGAUAGUUCAACAGAUGCAAGCUGUGUGGCAUCAAAUCAGUCUGUGCACCCUGUUUAUAUUUGUAUCAGUUGGUAAUUGAGACCAGGUCGAGUAAAACAGGGACAAGGUAAAUGAGAGUUGUUACCUUAAAUUAAGUGUUUUGAUAUGGUUUAGGAUUUGAACUGAAUCCUGAAAACGUACCCCCCUCCCCCUUCCAAAAAAAAUCCAGUGUUUGGCUGCUUAUUCAAAUCAACUGCAGAGGGGAUCCAAGGCACUCCAUCUUCUGUCUUGUUUAUUUGUAGCUUCCCCCUGCCCACACAACAAACAACAAACUCACAAGGUGACCCAAAAUGGAUUGCUUGCUUGCCAUACAUCCAACUUUCUGCAUUUUAAUAGCCACGUGCUUAGCUGAUAUAAAUGGAUGAAAAUGUUCACGCCCUGUAAAUCAACACUAGAGAGUCCAGUGGAAAAGGCAAGCAACAAUAGCAGGGUCCAGUUGAAAGGUCAGUGGCCUGAGUCAGAUCCAGUGCAUUGCUAGUUCCCUGGUUGCCUUUUACUCACUCACCAAACCUAAUCCCAUCAUUCAGCCCAUUGUAGCUACUAGCUAGCAAAGGGGGGAACAGCGUGCUCUGGUGCAAUCAGUUUGAGUUUCUUAGCAGAUUUGGAAUGUAUCCGAAAGAAAUUGGAAUUGGCGAUAAAUAAGUGUCCUGCCUUUCUCAAGUGCCGGACUGGAUCAGUGGGAGGUAUCUGGACAGCCAAUAUGCUACCUGUGUAUUUAAAAAUAAUGUGCUUUGCCUAACCUUCAGCUGAAUGUAUUAUAUCUAACCCUAUUCAAUGUAUGAAAACCUUUAAAAUGUCUUCAAAGAAGACUAGAGUCUUUACGUCAAUCAUAGCUAUAUUUUAUUACAUUAAAUGUGGGCAUAAAGAUAUCUAUAUCUAUAUAUAUAUUUAAAUAUAAGUGGCUUUAUAUAAGAUGUUCGGUUUUCAGUUACUGUGAAUUCUACAAAUUUUGUACAUUCUUUCUUUUCCCUGUUUUUAAUCAGAUUUUUUUAAAGGCAGAGGGAUAUAGUAAAUAUUAUAAACUUGGUUGUUGGGAUAAACCUUUGAAAACUUUAUAUAAAAUAAUUAAAUGUAUAUUUUUGUGAGACAGAGAAAUUGAGAGAGAGAGAGAGAUGCUGCAUUAUCGAUAUUUCUAUUACAAAGAUACCUAAUCUAGAUUUAUAUUUCCAGAAAUACAAAAUGUUAAAAAAUACAAGUAGACAAGUGACAUUUUUCUAGACUUAUAUUCAAGAUUAAAAUUACUAAAAUGACAUUGCUGCACUUAAUUAAGGAUACUUCAGAAUGCUCACUUUAUUAUAUACUGACUGUAUUGUACUUACUUUAUUAACAGCUUGAGCUAAUGGAAAGUUAUUACUGGCUAACUAGACAAUAGAGCAACUGCCAGAAGCAAAUAAUCACCUUAAAAUAUGCAUGAUGUCCCAUAAGUUUUAUAGGGCUAUGCACACUAUUUGGGUCACAUGCCUCAAUUCAGAGAUCUUGCUGGUGUGGGCUGUGCCAUUAAUUAAAGUGGAGAAAUAAUAUAUCUCAUAUGUGGAUUAGACAUGGAAGUGCUUGUGAAUAAGGGAAUAUCAUGGGUGGCAACAAAACUUCUGUGCCCACCAUUAGAUCAGACUGAUAGACUCUAAGCACAAUUUCCUUUAGUCCAGGGUAUUGCUGCUUAUUUCAGUGGAGCUGCAAAAGUCCACAAAUCAGCAAGACUGGGUCAAUGAAUAACGAUUUUUAUUAACCAAAUAACAAGAAAGGGAAUUUUCCAACAGAUAGCUUUGGCACCAGAUUUGAACACUACCAUUUCUCAGUCAUUGAAAUCUACAUUUCUGUUACAAAUGUAAACUCCACUUUUUAUGCCAUUUUUUAUAAAUGUAUUGCAACUUAUGUUGUUUCAUGAUGUUUGAUAUUGUGUGCUGUUUCAUUUCAUGUUGUGUAUCUUUGUUCAUUGAGAACUUUGUCUUGCUUCAUUGACCAAGUGUAAAGCCACGCAGGUCUCUCCAGCCUGGACUUCAAAACUGUUGAAUGUGUUGACUGGGGAAUUUCCAUAUUUGGUAUUUCAGAAGGAAUUUGUCAAAAGCUUAUUAGAAGUACGUGUAUACUGAUAAUUGCUCUUGGGUUCACCCUAUAUACUGGCUCAUUUAUACUUGCACAGAACCCUAAAUAGCUGUAAGGGAGACUUUGCAAAGUUAGCUCUUCAAUAUGUUCAACCAUUUUCAUUUUAAUUGUGUUUUGUACCAAUUUACCUAGGAUAGGUAUAGAUUAAUAGAAGUAUAAUUCCCUUGCUAUCCCUUCCUAUUACCUUUUUAAAAACCCUAACAUAAGCAACACUUUGGUCUUCUGAUGAACUCUAGUUAUUUAAGUUCUUUCAAGAGCAUCAGAUGUUUCAUCCAGCUGCAUCACUUUGUGUGUUAAUUUCAUUUAAUGUCAUUCCUUGUCACUACUAUUCAAGGUGGCUUUUCAAAUUCCUUCCCUGAACACCAUGUGGGGAUUUCACCAUUAUACUUUUACAGUAAAGACCAAUGCAUUUUAAUGUAUUCCUCCUCCUCAGUUCAUUUAAGUAUUCCUUUUCCUGUCAUUUUUACUGAAAGAUCCUACUAUCUAAAUACACUUGUCCAGGUUUAAAACUCCAUUACUUUAUGCUAUAGCAGUGGUUCUCAACCUGUGGGUCCCCAGGUGUUUUGGCCUACAAUUCCCAGAAAUCUCAGUCAGUUUACCAGCUGUUAGGAUUUCUGGGAGUUGAAGGCCAAAACAUCUGGGGACCCACAGGUUGAGAACCACUGUACUAUAGGAACUAGUCCUUCAAAUUCCAUAUUUGCCUGCCUUUAUCACAUAACAUUUAAUAACUGCUUCUUGGCAGGGGGUUGGACUGGAUGGCCCAUGAGGUCUCUUCCAACUCUACUAUUCUAUUAUUCUAACUGUGUACAUAACGUCGUUCCUUUCACAUCAGUGGAAUUGCUAAAAUUGAGAAGGCUGGAUUAAGAUUUCAGGGGAGGUGACUUCUCAUUUUACAUCUUAUUUCAGACAUGCAUCAACUCCAGUAUACUUUGUAUUUGUUGUAUAUGUACAUUUUGUCUAAUCAAUAGCUUUUACCUUGUUGAAUAUUUUCACAUUGGAUAGUCAUUAUAUUGCUGUUACAAAAAGUCAAAUGUCAUGCAUUAUGUAAGGCUGAUCCAAAACUCUGCCUACCAUUUUGUGAGAGCUUGCAUGUUCUUGCCCCCAACACCUUCAUCAUUUAAGUUUAUGUGUGUCCUUGUCUUUUCUACAAUGUGUAUCUACCUCAUGCUUCAAAAGAAGAUCCUACCUUUGAUUGUAAGUGCAGUCAUGUAGGUAUUGCUGCAGGGCAUCCACUAUCCAAUUCCAGCCUUGUGCAGAGCUGCCUCAUAAACAGAGUUGGAGAAAUUACUUUUUUUUACAACAGUAAUCAAAGUAUUACAUCCAAUAUAGUGAUGUUGUUUGUGGGAUUCUGUGAAUUGUGCAAAAAGAAAAAAACAACUUUGUUUUGGACAGUGGUUCUCAACCUGUGGGUCCCCAGAUAUUUUGGCCUUCAACUCCCAGAAAUCCUAACAGCUGUUAAACUGGCUGGGAUCUCUGGGAAUUGUAGGCCGAAACACCUGGGGACCCUCAGGUUGAGAACCACUUCUUUAGGAUAAAUGGAAUAUGCCCAACAGCGGCACCUACUGAUAUGUACCCCGUGUAAGUAGAGAAACCUUUUUAAAGUGAGGCAACUGUUCUGUUUUGUCUGUCAAACCUGGGGUGUUCAUGAAGCAACUAAAUCUGCCAUUUUCAAACCAGAAUACUUUUACCUUUUUCCCAAAAAAAAUGAGCCUAUUGUCCUUGCACCUUUUCUGUUCUUUCCUGACUAAAGAGCAGGAUAAAUAUGCCUGCUUAAUCCCUGUGGCCAGUUUGAACACCCCUUUUGUAUUUGUUUCUGUAUUUUGUACAUUUCCAAAAAUACUUGGUGUAACUGAUAAGUUGUACAGUUUUGAUAAUCCCUGUAUCAUGUUACCUUUGUUCCCUUGUGCUUAAUAAAGCUAUAUUGGUCAUUAAAAA